AUGGAUGCGAAGACAAUCAGGUCUUCCAUGGCGGACCUGGACAAAACCAAAGAUACUAAAGUCAUCUUGGAGAUACUGACUUCGUUGAAAAGAGAUGUCAGGCCUACUGAGAAAUUGUUGAGAGAAACCAAAGUUGGUGUCGCGGUGAACAAACUAAGAUCGCAUGCUGAUCCCGAGAUCAGCAAUUUGGUCAAGAAAAUAAUAAAAUCUUGGAAAGAUGAAGUUUCCAGCGAGAAGAAGUCUAAGGUUGUAAAAAAGGAGGAGCCCACUGCCUCCAGUGCAUCCAGUGCAUCACCAGCGAUCAAAGGUGAGAAAUUUCAGACCUCAAAGGCCAGAAACCCACAAAACGAUGGUGUGUCCAUAAAUAUACACGAGAACACGACAAGAAACGGAUCUGUGGGUGGGUUGUACACUGCGUUGGCGAUUGACUCUGAUGCGUUCCCCAAGAUCAUUCUUCAAACAGCCAAGGAAAUUGAGCAGGCUGCCUACGAGCUGGAAUAUCUCACUGUUAACGACAACUAUCGGAACAAGAUGAGAUCUCUCAUCAUGAAUUUGAGGAACAAGCAGAAUCCAGAGCUAAGGGCGAGAGUGCUGUCUGGAAACAUCUUUCCUGCUGAGUUCGUUAGAAUGAAGGCAGAAGAUUUAGCACCUGAAGCUUUGAAGAAAGAGAUCAAGCGAUUGCAUCAGAAGAACUUACAUGAUGCCAGAGGAGCUGUUGAAGAAAGGGCUACCACCGAUAGGUUCACGUGUGGUAAGUGCAAACAGAAGAAGGUAUCGUAUUACCAGAUGCAAACUAGGUCUGCUGAUGAGCCUCUGACUACGUUCUGUACGUGUGAGAAUUGUGGUAACAGAUGGAAAUUUUGUUGA